ACCUCGGAGAAAACGGCUCUAUCCCGACCCCCGUCCCGGACCCUCGCCGCUGCCCGCUGCUCGGAAAUGGCCGGUAUUUUGGCCUGGUUUUGGAACGAGAGGUUCUGGCUCCCUCACAACGUAACCUGGGCUGACUUAAAAAACACGGACGAGGCGACGUUCCCGCAAGCCGAGGACCUGUAUCUGGCGUGUCCUUUAGCAUUCUGCAUCUUUAUGAUCCGGCUGGUCUUCGAAAGGUGGGUAUACGGGCGCGCGCGGCACCGCGCAGGUGGCCUCGCGAGGCAGUUUAGCGGCGUCGCGAGGCGCUCAGGUGAAGGAUGCGGCACGCGCCGCUGCCCCGAACAAUGGCACGUUAUCUGGUUAGCCCCGCAGACCGCCGCGGGUGUCCGUCCGUCUCCUGCAGGCCUGCGGCGCCGGCUGCUCCUGCAAGGUGCAGCCGAGUUCCCCCUGCCUGUCCGGUCCCCCCGUCCUCCAGUCCACCAGUCCCCCCGUCCCCCCGUCCCCGUCCCCGUCCCCGGAGCCAGAUCCCGGCUCAGCGUCGCAGAGCCAGACGGACAUUUCUCAUCGCGCUUCUGCUCAGACCUGACGCUGUGUUGCGGUGAUGGUUGCCUCAUCCUAACUCAGUUCAUUGCGCGGCCGUGUGCCAUGGGCUUGAAGAUCCAAGCCAACGGGCCCCAAAAAGCACAGCCCAACGCCAUCCUGGAGAAGGUCUUCACUGCUAUAACCAAGCACCCAGAUGAGAAGAGGCUGGAGGGCCUGUCCAAGCAGCUGGACUGGGACGUGCGCACCAUCCAGCGCUGGUUCAGGCAGCGCCGCAACCAGGAGAAGCCCAGCACGCUCGCCAGGUUCUGUGAAAGCAUGUGGAAAUUUACAUUCUACUUGUACAUUUUUACCUAUGGAGUACGCUUUCUAAAAAAGACCCCAUGGUUAUGGAACACUAAAGAGUGCUGGUACAACUACCCUUACCAGCCACUGACUGUGGACAUCCAUUAUUACUACAUACUGGAGCUGUCUUUCUACCUGUCGCUACUCUUCUCCCAAUUCACAGACAUCAGGAGGAAGGAUUUCCUGAUUAUGUUUCUGCACCACGUGGCAACAAUCUCUCUCAUUAUAUUUUCCUACGUGAACAACAUGGCACGGGUGGGGACUCUGGUCAUGUGUCUCCAUGAUGCAGCAGACGUGCUGAUCGAGGCUGCCAAGAUGGCCAACUAUGCCAAAUGCCAGAUACUGUGCAACCUGCUGUUUGCAAUGUUUGCAAUUCUCUUCAUGACCUCCAGGCUGGGAGUUUACCCCAUCUGGAUUUUGAAUACCACAUUGUUCGAGAGUUGGGAGAUAGUAGGGCCCUACCCCUCCUGGUGGGUCUUCAACCUCCUUCUGGUCCUGCUCCAGCUGCUCCAUUCCUUCUGGUCCUACCUCAUAGUGAAGACAGUCUGUAGAGCCAUCUCCAAAGGAAAGGUGGGGAAAUGGAAUCCUUUACAUGUGUCUAAAGACGAUCGCAGCGACAUCGAGUCCAGCUCUGACGAGGACGACAGCCCCCCACCCAGUCAGAAACACCACAGCAGCUCCACCAAUGGGACCAACAAAAAUGGGACCAACGGCUACCUGAUCGGAGCCCCGUAUCACAGUGAACACUGACUAAGCAGAUGAUGCAUGAAUGGAGCCAUGCUACAGACCCCAUCCAUUUAUCUUUGUGUGUGUGUGUGUGUGUGAAUGUUUGUAUUUGAGUGCAUGGUUGAGACAUGAACAACAUUGCCACAUCAUUGUCUGGUUGUUCUUGGGAGAUUUACGUGAAUGCAGUUUUGUUAUGGGUUCUAUGCUCAUUUUCUUGCACAGUUUAUUCCAUUCAUACUUUCAACAAGCUGCACUCAUAGCACCCCCGGUCUGUAAAACGCACUCUGUUUAGCCAAUAAAUGACAGGAUUCUGGUGUUAGCAUGCUAUUUUAACUUACAGUCAUCUGGCAUAUUUUGAGGGGGGUGUUUUCUCCUAUGUUUUUGUCUCUCUAUGUUAUUUAUUUUUUAUAAAUAUGUUUUGCAGGUUGUAGUCAGACUCUUCUUCUUUGAUGUCAGUGUUGACAUGAUGAUGCUGAAACAACACAGCUAUGUCUGUCUCAUCCCACAUCACAUAACAAGUAUUUGCAGUUAGCUGAAGACCUGGGUUUAUUUUGGACGCUAUACCCCCAAAGAUUUGCCAAAACAGCCACUGAUAUUGUUUUCACUCUCAUAUGGAUAGUUAUGUGACAUUUGAAACACACAUUCAAAUCUGUGUAUGAGAUAUCAAUGACAGUAUUUUUUGUGUGCAUCAGAUAUGGCUCGAUGCUGUAUUCCCUGUUGAUCCAUUUUGUUUGGUAUUCUAGUACAUUUCAGCUAAACAUUACAUUAAAGGCCAUUUGUUCACUUAAGAGGUAGACAUGGGUUGUUUGAAUAAUUCAAUAAAAAAAUGAUGACU